AUUCCACUCGCUCGCUUCCCCCACCCUACCCCGACGCCUUCGUCUCUCGCCUCCUUCCCCCACCCUACCCUGACGCCCGCCGCCGCCGCCGCCGCCAUGAGCCCCACCUUCUCGGCCGCCGCUGAUGCACCCCCCGCCGGUGAAUAGCUUCUCCCCGAGUUCUCUUCCCCCGUCCCCUCUACACGCGAAGCUUUCUGUUCGAUGGUGUGCUGCCUCCGGUGACCACAGCGCCGUCGUCGAGCUCUCAAAUCCUGCCACCCGAUCCGGACAGAAGAUCGACUUCUUGACGAUUCCUCCGCCAGCCCACGGUCGGUCAGCUCCACACCCCGGAAGAUCGACCUUUUUGUGGAAGAUAUGGAUGUGGAGAAGAAAGGAGGUAGAAACUACCUUACCUGGACGGAUGAAAUGGAUGAAGCAAUGCUGAAUGUGUUCGUGGAGCAUUACAAUAGAGGGGAUCGUGCUCAAAAUGGGUGGAAGCCACAUGUUUACACUGCAGUUGUCAAGAAUGUUCGAGCCAAGUGCAAUGUGGAUAUCACAAAGGAGAAUGUCAUAUCAAGGUGCAAGACUAUUGAUAGACACUAUGUCAAUGUCAGCAAGAUGUUGUCAACGAGUGGUUUUGGGUGGGAUUGGAUCCAUAACAAGCUUAUGGUUGAUAGUGAGGACGUGUGGAGAAACUAUGUCAAGGCAAACAAAGAUGCAGCAUGCUACAGGCACAAGGUCAUAAAGUUUUGGGACUCUAUCAGCCUUGUCUUCUCGAAGGAUCAUGCCACCGGAACCGGAGCCAGAACUGCUGGUGAAAGUGCAGCGGAAAUGGCUGCAGAGAAUGUCAACAACAUCAACACUGAUUCUGCCGCAACAUCUUCAACCCAAACCGGCGAG